UGUAUUGGAGUGCUAUUGGUGACAAAGAUGAGAAAAUUUUGGAGUGGAGGGAUAGUAUAAAACAUGGUUGUAAUCCAGAAAAUGAUAGCAAUCUUUGGCCUCCUCAAACAAGGAACCAAGUCUUGGAGUAUCAAAAGUGGGCUAAACCACUUGCUAAAAAAUUGUUAGAGGUGCUAUUGAAGGGUCUCAAUGUCAAUGAAAUUGAUGAAUCUUUAGAACCUCUCUUGAUGGGAACUAUGGCUAUCAACAUAAACUACUAUCCACCAUGCCCAAAUCCAAGUAUCACCAUUGGUUGUCGCCGACACUGCGAUGUGUCCUGCAUCACUCUGCUCCUCCAGGACGACACGGGAGGCCUAUAUGUCCGAGGGACUAAAGGCGAUAACUGGAUCCACGUAAAUCCAAUCAAAGGCGCCUUAGCAGUUAACAUAGGUGACUCGUUACAGAUUAUGAGCAACGAUCGAUACAAGAGUAUCGAGCAUUGUGCAGCAGUUGAUUCAAGCAGGGCUCGAAUAUCUGUACCGCUAUUUGUGAAUCCUAGCCUUGACAAUGUCAUUGGUCCAUUCCCACAAAUGCUGAAAGAUGGAGAAAAACCAGUGUACAAACACGUCUUGUUUUCUGAUUAUUGGGAUUAUUUCUUCAGUAAAAGGCCUUCUGGUAAAGCAUCACUAGAUUUUGCUAAAAUUUGAUGCUUUUUUAUUAUGUAAUUGUUAUUGUAUUGUCAAAUCCGUUAUUAUGUAAUAACCAAAAGUGUUAUUUUAUACAACCAUUGAUUUGAUGUGAUAGUGUACUCUUUUUUCUCUUU